AUGUCUAAGGGACCUGCAGUUGGCAUUGAUCUGGGCACCACCUACUCUUGUGUGGGUGUCUUCCAACACGGAAAAGUGGAAAUAAUUGCCAAUGAUCAGGGAAACCGAACCACCCCAAGUUAUGUCGCUUUUACUGAUACCGAACGAUUGAUCGGUGAUGCUGCAAAGAAUCAAGUUGCAAUGAACCCCACCAACACGGUGUUUGAUGCCAAACGCCUCAUUGGACGUAGAUUUGAUGAUGCUGUUGUUCAAUCCGAUAUGAAGCAUUGGCCCUUCAUGGUGGUGAAUGAUGCUGGCAGGCCUAAGGUCCAAGUAGAAUACAAGGGAGAGACAAAAAGUUUCUAUCCAGAAGAAGUGUCUUCAAUGGUUUUGACAAAGAUGAAGGAAAUUGCAGAAGCCUACCUUGGGAAGACUGUUACCAAUGCUGUUGUCACAGUACCUGCUUACUUCAAUGACUCUCAGCGUCAGGCUACCAAAGAUGCUGGAACUAUUGCUGGUCUCAAUGUGCUUAGAAUCAUCAACGAACCAACUGCUGCUGCUAUUGCUUACGGCUUAGACAAAAAGGUUGGAGCUGAAAGGAAUGUGCUGAUCUUUGACUUGGGAGGUGGCACUUUUGAUGUGUCAAUUCUCACAAUUGAAGAUGGAAUCUUUGAGGUCAAAUCUACAGCUGGAGACACCCACUUAGGUGGAGAAGACUUUGACAACCGGAUGGUCAACCAUUUCAUUGCAGAGUUCAAGCGCAAGCAUAAGAAGGACAUCAGUGAGAACAAGAGGGCUGUCCGUCGCCUCCGUACAGCUUGUGAACGUGCUAAGCGUACACUCUCUUCCAGCACCCAAGCCAGUAUUGAGAUUGAUUCGCUCUAUGAAGGAAUUGACUUCUAUACCUCUAUCACUCGUGCCCGAUUUGAAGAAUUGAAUACUGACCUUUUCCGUGGCACCCUGGACCCUGUAGAGAAAGCCCUUCGGGAUGCCAAGCUCGACAAGUCCCAAAUCCAUGAUAUUGUCCUGGUGGGUGGUUCUACCCGUAUCCCCAAGAUUCAGAAACUCCUACAGGACUUCUUCAAUGGAAAAGAGUUGAAUAAGAGCAUCAACCCUGAUGAGGCUGUUGCUUAUGGUGCAGCUGUCCAGGCAGCCAUCCUAUCUGGAGACAAAUCUGAAAAUGUUCAAGAUUUGCUGCUGUUGGAUGUCACUCCUCUUUCCCUUGGCAUUGAAACUGCUGGUGGAGUCAUGACUGUCCUCAUCAAGCGCAAUACUACCAUUCCUACCAAGCAGACACAGACCUUCACUACCUAUUCUGACAACCAGCCUGGUGUGCUCAUUCAGGUUUAUGAAGGUGAGAGGGCCAUGACCAAGGAUAACAACUUGCUUGGCAAGUUUGAACUCACAGGCAUACCUCCUGCACCUCGUGGUGUUCCUCAGAUUGAAGUCACUUUUGAUAUUGAUGCCAAUGGCAUCCUCAAUGUCUCUGCUGUGGAUAAAAGUACAGGAAAAGAGAACAAGAUUACCAUCACUAAUGACAAGGGUUGCCUGAGCAAGGAAGACAUCGAGCGCAUGGUCCAGGAAGCUGAGAAGUACAAAGCUGAAGAUGAGAAGCAGAGGGACAAGGUAUCUUCCAAGAAUUCACUUGAAUCCUAUGCAUUUAACAUGAAAGCAACUGUUGAAGAUGAAAAACUCCAGG